AAAUCAUAAGGUUUAAUCCUAGAAAUUUUUUUCUCUUUUUUCUCUUUCUUUCUUUCUUAAAUCUCAUUUUUUUAUAACAUGUCUGAAAACACAUUAAGCCCUCACGUCCAAGCUGCUAUUGACUGUGCUGUUGGUAGUAAAGUAAUUGAUGUCUAUGCCUAUCUUGAAAACUGUAAGCAAUCCGUAACGGAAGAAUCAAAUCAAAAGGAAGAAGCCCCUGUUACUCAAGAAGUUGCUGAGCACAAGGAAGAAGUUCUUGAAGAACUCCAAGAAACUCCUCUUGCUGUUGAUUUGAAUGACGCCAUUCAACACGCUAUUCGUUCUGCUGUUGGUGCACCUGUUGUCAAUGUCCAUGAUUAUUUGGAAAAGACAAACAAUAAAUCUAGCAUCAUUGAAGAAACCGUCGAAAAGGUUGAAAAGGUACAGGAGAAGGUGAAGGAAGAGGUUGUUGAGGCAAAAUAUCACAUUGAAGAAAAGAUCCAUGCUCGCGAACCUGAGCACGAAGAAGAUGCUGUUGAAGCAAAAGAAGAAGUUGUUGAAGAAGUGAAAAAAUCCGUGCCUGAGACUGCUCCUAUUGUCGAAGAUUCAGUCAAAGAAGAAGCCAUUGAUGCUAAGCAUGAUCUCGUUGAAGAAAUCAAAGAAACUGUUCCUGAAGCUGCUGCUGAAGUUUUGGAAGAAAUCAAAGAAACCGUCCCCGAAGUACCACCCGUUGCUGAAGACCAAGUUAAGGAAGAAGCUUUUGAUGCCAAGGAGGAAGUUGUUGAAAGAUCAGUUCCCACCGCUGCUGAGAUUAAGCCUCUUUCUGUUGAUUUGCAGGCUGCUAUUAAAUACUGUAUCAAGACUGUGGUUGGUUUCCGUGCUAUUGAUGUCUACAGCUAUCUUGAACGUGUCAACAAAGAAAAGACACCUGCUUCCACUGUUCAAGAAGUCAAGUCCCAAGCUCAAAAUUUAGCUCAAACAGUCAAGUCUGCUGUGACUGAAAGCAACGCUGCCUCAGUGAAUGACGUCAAGGAAGAAGCCUUCAAAUUAACCGAAUCUGUCAAGACUGCUGCUGUUACCGUUGGUGCUGCUGCCACUGCUGGUGCUGCCUCUCUUGUUGCCUCUAAAAAUGAUGAAGAGACAAAGGAGUCUAGUCCUAUUGAAGCUAAUGCCGCUGACGUCACUCGUGAAGCACAAGCUGAAGCUAAACCUAAGGUAGAAGAAGCCAAGUCUCAAGCUCCUGUCAUUCAAAAGAGCAUCGACGAUAAGGUGGACCAAACCAAACAAGCUGUUGCUGACAAUGUCCAAUCUGCUAAGGAAGUUGUGAAUGCUACUGUUGAAGAAGCUCACAAACAAGCUCCUGUCAUCCAAAAGAGCAUUGACGACAAGGUGGAUCAAGCUAAGCAAACUGUGGCUGACAAUGUUCAAGUUGUUAAAGAUACUACCAAUGCCACUAUUGAAGAAGCUCACAAGCAAGCUCCUGUCAUUCAAAAGAGUAUUGACGACAACUUGAAGGCCGCUCAAGACAAGGCCAAGGAAGUCCAACAAGAAAUUCCUGCUGUUAAGGAAGAAGUCAAGCAAUCCGUUUCUGAUGCUUCUCAACAAGCCGCAGAGACUGAUAACCUCAAGAAGCCCGAACCUGCUGUUGCUGUUCCUGUUGCCUCAAGCGAAGUCAACCCUGUUGCUCCUGCUGCCCCCAUUGCUGUUGCUCCCAUUGCCGCUCCUGCUUCUGCUGGCCCCACUGUUAACACUACAGCAAUUCCUGAAGCUCAUGUUCCCGAACAAAGAUCUUCAUCUCCCAAAUCUUCCAAGUCUUCUGAAGAUAAGGGUAGCAAGUGUCUCAUCAUGUAAAUGAAAAUAAGUAUACAAUUUGAAUAUCUCUCUUUUAUAUAUAUAUAUAUAUGUACAAAUACAUAUCCAUACCAAAAAUAACACAAAAAAAAGGCAACCUACAUCCACUUUGUAGUAGAAGAUUUGCAAACAAAACAUAAAAAAAUUAUAUAUAAUACUUUCACAAGUUUUUUCGUUCACUCCAAAGAAAUAAAAAAUUGUACA